UCGACCGAGGUACUACAGUGUGGCGCGCAGGUCUUGAGGCUCUUCCGCAUUGCCUUUUGCCCUCCCCGCCUGCGCGGCCGCCUCAGUUAUCAUGGCGGCUCCCUUGGCACUGGUGCUUGUGGUGGCCGUGACCGUGAGGGCGGCCUUGUUUCGCUCCAGUUUGGCCGAGUUCAUUUCCGAGAGGGUUGAGGUGGUGUCCCCACUGAGCUCUUGGAAGAGAGUGGUUGAAGGCCUUUCACUGUUGGAUUUGGGAGUGUCUCCAUAUUCUGGAGCAGUAUUUCAUGAAACUCCAUUAAUAAUAUACCUCUUUCAUUUCCUAAUUGACUAUGCAGAAUUGGUAUUUAUGAUAACAGAUGCCCUCACUGCUAUUGCCCUGUAUUUUGCGAUUCAGGACUUCAAUAAAGUUGUGUUUAAAAAGCAGAAACUGCUCCUAGAACUGGACCAGUAUGCUCCAGAUGUGGCUGAACUCAUCCGAACCCCCAUGGAAAUGCGGUACAUCCCUCUGAAAGUGGCCCUGUUCUACCUCCUAAAUCCCUAUACGAUCCUGUCUUGUGUUGCCAAGUCUACCUGCGCUAUCAACAACACCCUCAUUGCUUUCUUCAUUUUGACCACAAUAAAAGGCAGCGUUUUCCUCAGUGCUAUUUUUCUUGCCUUAGCAACCUACCAGUCUCUAUACCCAAUCACCUUGUUUGCCCCAGGACUUCUCUAUCUCCUCCAGCGGCAGUACAUCCCUGUGAAAGUGAAGAGCAAAGCCUUCUGGAUCUUCUCUUGGGAGUAUGCCAUGAUGUAUGUAGGAAGCCUAGUGGUAAUAGUUUGCCUCUCCUUCUUCCUUCUCAGCUCCUGGGAUUUCAUCCCUGCAGUCUAUGGUUUCAUACUUUCUGUUCCAGAUCUCACUCCAAACAUCGGUCUUUUCUGGUACUUCUUUGCAGAGAUGUUUGAGCACUUCAGCCUCUUUUUUGUCUGCGUGUUUCAGAUCAACGUCUUCUUCUACACAGUCCCCUUAGCCAUCAAAUUAAAGGAGCACCCCAUCUUCUUCAUGUUCAUCCAGAUUGCCAUCAUCUCUAUCUUCAAGUCCUAUCCAACGGUGGGAGAUGUGGCCCUCUACAUGGCUUUCUUCCCUGUGUGGAAUCAUCUCUACAGAUUCCUGCGGAACAUCUUUGUCCUCACCUGCAUCAUCAUCGUCUGCUCGCUUCUCUUCCCUGUCCUGUGGCAUCUGUGGAUUUAUGCAGGAAGUGCCAACUCUAACUUCUUUUAUGCCAUCACACUGACCUUCAAUGUUGGCCAGAUCCUGCUCAUCUCUGACUACUUCUAUGCCUUCCUGCGACGGGAGUAUUACCUCACACACGGUCUCUAUUUGACUGCCAAGGACGGCACAGAGGCUAUGCUUGUGCUCAAGUAGCCCUGGCUGGCACAGAACUGCAUGGACAAGAGGGGGAAGGGUCAGAAGCUGGGCCAGGUCCCUUAUCCAGAGUUGCCAGCAGGCAAGUCCACUGGCUGAAGAGGUUCAAAUCCAGGGUUGCAAAUCUCUGGUACCAAAGGGGACUCAUAGCUGGCCACAAGGCCCAUGGGGAGAAGUUUGGAUCACCCCAGUUGGACCUCCCACUUUGGGACUCUGCACAGGAAGGAAGGAAGAAAGGGGGAAGCUGCGGGUGAGCAGGGUUUAUAGGUUGUGGCUAAAUAAAUGUGUGGGUUUUUUCA